AUGUCACUUUGUAAGGAGAAGUCCACUGCUGGAGAGGUGAAAGAAAGCGGAAUGAGGAGAAACGGGAGUGUUAGGAACACUAAAGCGAUAUGCAGUGUGUGUAAGCGCAUGUUUAAAGAGCCUAAGCUGCUCUCGUGUUUGCACACGUUCUGUGCUGAGUGUAUUCUUCAGUUAGAACCGUUCUCUCCACUCUUACCGAGCUCUGCACGCUCCGAGCAGCUCUCCUUCACCGUUCUGUGCCCUGAGUGUGACACCGAGGUGGAACUCCCGGCCUCCGGGGUGGAGGGACUGACCACAGACCACCUGGCUCUGGAUGAAGUGUUCAUGGAGACCCUCCUGAUGGAGAAGAGUGUGUUGUGUGAUCUGUGUGGAGAUGCUGAGGGGGAGAAACGUUGUGAAGUCUGCUCUUUUACCCUGUGUGACUUCUGCAGCCAGGCUCACAGGAGACAAAAGAGGACAUCCAGUCAUGCCAUCCACAGCUUGGAUGAGCUGAAGCGGGAGGGACGUCUCUCAAGACGUGUGCUGUGCUCUCUUCAUCCAAGCCAGGAGCUGCGUCUCUUCUGUGAAUGCUGCGACCUCCCUGUUUGCCUUGAAUGUGCUGCAACGCUUCAUAGGGACCACCGCUGCUGCCCCAUGAAUGAGGUCAUACACCAGCAUGGUGACCGUAUCCGGGAGCUGGUCUCUGGAAGUCUUCGGCCUCGCCUCACUCGGCUUGAGGAUGCACUGAAAUGCGUAGAGAUUUCCCAGGAUGCUUUACAGGCCCGGGCAGAGACACUGGCAAGUGAAAUUCGGGCCUUUUCUUUGGCCUAUUCGAGUGCUGUGGAGGCUCACUGUUGCUCUCUGCUCCGCUCUCUGGAUGAUCUGAGGCUGCAACGUCGCAACCAGCUCCAGCUGCAGAAGGCACAGCUACAGCAGGCACUGUGUGACGUCCGUGGCAGUGUGGACUUUGCUGAACGCUUGCUCACAUGUGGCUCAGAGGCGGAGAUCCUGAAUGCAAAGGAAGUGACCAUAAGGAGGCUCUUGAAUUUGUUGGAGUCAGGGUUUGAUCCCCGCUUGGCUGUUGUUAGCCAUGACAGUGGUAGCAAUAUCUGCUUUUCACCACGUGAGAGUGCAGGCCAAGUGAAUGACUUUCCCAUGGUUGGAGUUCUACAUGCCAAGACUGUCGAUCCCAGCAAAUGCUCCAUUCAAGGAGAAGGUAAGAGCAAGGGUGUUGAGGGCCAGAGAAGCGAGUUUGUACUUGUCUGCAGGGACUGUGCAGGGGAGCAGAUGGGCAAAGGAGGAGAUCCUGUGCUAGUCAGCAUUGUCCAUGCAGACAAAAAGGACUGCAAAGUGGAGACUACGGUUAUGGAUAAUAAUGAUGGAUCAUAUGCUGUAUCCUACACUCCCAUGGAACCUGGAUCCUACUCUGUGUGGGUGUGUGUAAAAGCACAGCAUGUUAAGGGCUCACCAUUCAGGCUGACGGUGAAGAGAAAGUUCCAGAGACACCGUGGAAUCUUUCACUGCUGCUCCUUCUGUUCUAGCGGGGGUGUUAAAGAGGCACGAUGCGGCUGCGCUGGAACCAUGCCAGGAGGGUUUCGGGGCUGUGGUCAUGGUCAUAAGGGUCACCCAGGAAAGCCACACUGGUCCUGCUGUGGUAGUGUAGUGGAGAGCUCAGCAUGUGCGCUCAGCCUUGUGUCAGGCUCACAUCGUGGACAUGUACGAACUGUGGAACUCUGA